CUUGGGAGUAGGACGUCCCGCCCGCCCUACGUUGGCGUUCUGAAAUAUUUUCACGUUUCCUAAAAUAUAUAUUGAGUGUUUACUUAUAUAGUGUUUGAAACUUUUCCGAGUGAAAUUAAGAAGGUGGAAACGGAGAUUAAAUAAAGAUCUCAAACCUUCGAAAUGCGAUGGAAUGCAGCGGCCGCUGUAAGAUGAAUUCAAUCAACAAACAUCACAAGUGCGAAUGUAGCUAGAGUUAGAGCGACAAGGACAGACAUAGCCUGCUGCUAUGGAGAUGAACGGGACGGAAACUCGAGGCGAGGAGGCUGUGACACUCGCUUUGAGUGUCGCCGUCACCGUCAUCUCCGCUAUCGGGUUACUGUUGAACGCGUACAUACUGUUCGUCAUUGUUAUCACCAAACAGCCGGCAUCAGCUUCAUCGGUUCUGCUGGUUCAUCUGGGAGCAGUCGGCGCUUUAGCGAGCGGUGCUGCGUUGUGCGGCGGAAGUGGAGCUUGCGCUUGUGGUGCUUUACUCCACGCUCUCCACCCUCUACAACUUUGGACGGUUUGCGGCCUACAUGCUGACAGAGCUGCUGCUAUUGCAGCACCUCUACACUAUGCAGCUAUAGUAUCUGCUAAAAAAGUAGUGAUCUGCGUUGCCAGCGGCUGGAUAGCUCUUGGUGCGCUGCUAACACCACUUGUUGCAUCUCAUCCUCCAUUGACCUACAGCAUUGGACUCGGCGGUUGCGCCCCUGACUGCAGUGCUGGAGCCACAGCACUAGGAUUUUGCUUGACAUAUGCAUUAUUGACGUUAUUGCUACCCACCACACUUGUUUUACUUUGCAGUUUAAAGAUCUUACGUAUAGCCCGUUAUCACAGACAUAGGAUUGCAGCCGCAAUAUAUGAAGUUACCCUGUCUGCCCAAGUAACAGUAACACAUCAACGAAAUCCUUUCACUGCACCGCCUCCACCGCGAAGGCGGGCAUUAUCAGCUGUUCUUCAACCUAUCGGAUCACUAGCUAUUUUAUAUUUCCCUUACUAUUGUGUCUUAAUAUGGCCCGCAAUAGCUGUUCCUCCACAGUCUUUAUCUGCACUAUCAGUUGCUCUUCUAGCUGCAGCCCCUCCUGUUAAUGGUAUUUUAUACGGCAUUCGCAGCAGAGCUUUCAAAGAAUCGUUAAGAAAUUAUCGUCGGAAGAAAAUGACUAAGAGUGAAGUCACACAAGAGAUUCAAGCUAGAACACCAAGCGCCUGUGGAUCCAGAAGACCCUCCUUAUCAGCCGGAUCGGGUUGUAUCAGACCUCCCACUACGAGGAGAUUAUCGGACGCGGCCGCGAUGGGUUCCCGAGGAGCAGAACGGCCUGCCCAGCGUGCAGCAUCAUGCAAUAUGUUACAAGAUUCACAAGAAGAUGAAAUACCAAAACCAAGGACUUCAGCCAUACCGUUAAUAAGAGCUCCACCUCACGUGGUUUUAGGUAGAGCUCUCGGUUUGGAGGAAGGUGUUCAUAGGGAUCGAAGACGGCGCCAGUCUCCACGGAUAACCGUAACUCGCGCUAUGUCUGAUGAGUGUGAGUCACCAUCACGCCGACCCCUCUGCAGACAACACUCUCGCUCCAGCGGCGCUCUUCUAGGAACUAUGUCUUGUUCGACAGCUCUCUCGGAAAACGUCAUCAUUGAUAGUCACGAUGAGCAGCUCCUACUCAACUGGUCUCAUCGCUCUCAUGCUAAUAAUAAUGUCAUUUUAUAAAAAUCCUUUCCCAUCGCUAUGUAAGGUGUAAAUGACAAUAACUGGGAGUGACGUUCGUACGAAUAUCUUUAUUUUUUAUUACCGCUUUCUAUAUUACUCGGCCAUUCUGAUGAAAUUGUGACCAAAUGUUAUUUCCUAUUCCUAUUUACAACUCUAUCGUAGAUGUAAUGUUUUAUCCUACAGGGUUCCUCCAUAUCGUUAGCUUUACAUACUGAUAUGUUACUUUAGUGCCAUCUAUAAUAUCUGUUAUAUUCCAUAGGUUUAGAAAAGUAUAAUUGUUAUAUACAUAUUUCUAAAUAAAAAUCAUAAAUACAGAGGCUUCUAAAUAGUGUUGAAGUAAAGAAUAUAUGCACUGAAUUAGGCAACUACUAUAUUGUUGUAAGUAAGUACUAAAAUACGCCACGCUUUUGUUCAAUGCCGCCGUCCAACUGUUGGAUUCUUUGCCUGAAUGUGUAGUGAGAUAUUCGUCACUUAUUAAUUAAGUCACAAAAUAUUAAUAAUGUAUGUAGCGUCACCGGAACAUGAUAAAAAAUGUACUUACAAACUAAUUUGAAUUUUAUAAAACAGUUGCCUAACGAAAUGUAAAUGUACCUUUUAUGAAACUAUAAAACUUAUUAGAUUACUGAAAGAAAUCUAUUUUUAAAAUAACAUUCCAUUCUGUUAAAUUUGCGACAGAUUAUAUAUAGUGACUAAUUUUAUUUAUAUAAAUUAAUAUUUUAGUCUAACUAAAUAUUUACAUUUGAUUGGGGCUGUCUAAAUAUUUUGAGUAGUCUUAAUGAAAUAUUUUUUGUAGCGUGUAUAAAAUAUGAAUAUCUUAAUUAUUGAAAUUAUAAAUAUUAUAUUGAUGUCGUUGUUUCGUCUUAAAUGUUUAUCGAAAUAUAACAAAACGUUGUUCUAGUCAAAGCGCUGUUAUCUUAAAUGUAAAUGUACUUAAAUGGACAAGACAUAUAAAAUAAAAC